AAUGACUUUGGCUCCAGUUCCCUGAGAUUAGUUUGCCUACCAGCGGCGAGGUGUUGGGUAAUGAGCUGAAUAGGGCAAGGUAGAAAUCGCUGUCUUUGAAUUCUUCAUGCAGGAUAGUAAGAUGAUUCCUUUGGUUAUUUUUCUCAUUUUCCUUUGCACUUGUGCAUUGACCCCAGUGACUGGGUAUCCCAGUGGUAAAGUGACUUCUGCCUGCAGAUCUAUGCGCCCUGACCAUGGUCAUGCCCCACAAGCUGAGCCCAUUCACAGUAUUAAUGUGGACAAAACCAUUUUUAACCCAGGCGAUCGCAUCAAAGUCACCUUGUCAGGAUCUCGCUUCAAUGGAUUUUUGGUUCAAGCUCGUGAUGUGGAGAACCUGGAUGGCAGUGCUGUGGGGUCAUUUGCUUUAAUUGAUGAGAGGGUUUCCCAGCUUUUGACUUGUGGUGGCAUCCAGAAUUCAGCUGUCAGUCACACCAGCAAGGAGAGAAAGCUCCAAGUGGAGUUCUUUUGGAUUGCUCCGGCCAACAGCCCAAAGCAUGUUCAGUUUCUGGCUACAGUAGUCGAAAAAUAUAAAAUCUAUUGGGUGAAGAUUGCCGGCCCUAUUAUAUCACAGCCCAACACACCACCUAUCCCAUCUAAAAAUCAUAGUAGCAUGAUACCAGUGGUACCACCAUCCCUUCAUAAACGUUUUAGCCCAGCAGGCUGUGGAAGCACCAAGUUCUGCAUCAGAAAUCCAGUCUCCUGUGACCCAGAGCAUAAUCCUAAGUGCUUCUUCCUGUCCUUCAGAAAAGAUGGCCAGUCUGUACUGGUUGAGAUGAGUGGACCAGGGCAAGGCUACAUCUCUUUUGCCUUAUCAUAUGAUCAUUGGAUGGGGGAUGAUGAUGCCUACUUGUGUGUCAAAGAAGACCAAGGAGUUCAAAUAAAUCCAGCUUACAUCAGGGGGCGAUCUCACCCUGAAGUGUCAUCUCCGGAUGUUCUAAGGGAUGUGGCAUGGCGGCUGGAAGAUGGAGUCAUUCAGUGCUCCUUUAAGAGAAACAUCCAAAUUCCCGCGUCCAAAGAGCGGUUUGACCUGGGUGGCAGUUACUACAUCUUUCUUGCUGAUGGUGAUGCAAAGGAUGGUCUCCUUCUCCGACACCAGCGACAACCGCUUAUGACAAACAGAAUGUAUAAUAUAUCUGGCUUUCCUGAAGAUGUGGGGGGCUCACGGUCCCCACUCAUAAUAAAAUUUCACGGUGCUAUGAUGUUCGUUGCAUGGAUGACUACUGUGAGCAUUGGGGUUAUUAUUGCCCGAUUCUUCAAACCAGUGUGGCCUACUUCAUCUUUGUUUGGUGAAAAAAUUUGGUUCCAGAUUCACCGCUGUCUUAUGAUUACUACAGUGAUUCUAACAGCCAUUGCUUUUGUAUUGCCCUUUAUAUACAGAGGAUACUUUAGUAAACGAGCAGGUUAUCAUCCCCAUCUGGGGGUUACUGUGAUGAUUUUGACUGUGCUCCAGCCUGUUUUGGCUGUUUUCAGACCUCCACCUCAAACACCCAGGAGAGGGAUAUUUAACUGGACUCAUUGGGCUACUGGUACUGCUGCCAGGAUUAUAGCAGUGACUGCAAUGUUCAUUGGAAUGGAUUUGCAAGCACUGGAUCUUCCUGAUCCAUGGGACACCUACACCAUGGUUGGCUUUGUACUGUGGCACGUUUUUGUAGAUCUCCUGCUUGAGGCUCAUGGUUUCUGUCUCUUAAAGAAAGAGUAUAUUUCAAAGCUGCCCUGUCACCUGCAAGCUCUACACCAGUAUGGACUAUUUAUUGGUGGAUCUAAACAGUCAGAUCCUCAAAGUGCCAAGGUUGUUUUGGUUCCCUCUGUACUGGAGGGACAUGCAGGACAUUCAGCUAAAACAAUGGAAGAGGAUCAAGUAGGAAUUUUGAACUCAUCUCCUGAUGAAGCAGAGGGCCACACCUUUAAGAAGAUUGUUCUGACAGUGUAUAUAUGUGGAAACCUUGCAUUUCUCAUAACCUUCCUAGCUGCAAUCAACCAAAUUUGAAAUCCAUGUAGGACUAUGCCCUGUAUUGCUGCCUUGGCCUGGCAAAGAGUCAGCCUUGAAUCUCAUUUUAGGUCAUUCCUGCAAGGACUCCUUCUCCUGGUGGUAAAGACUGGUAACCAGUACCUUGAAAUAACACCAGUGCGCCUCUGUAGGAUUAUUUAUAUCUCAAGGUGUGAAGUCUGAUUGCUUAGGUAAAGGAAUACCUAGUGUUAAUUAAUUAUAGAGUCAUUCUUGACUCUGUCCAUUCUGCAGAUGAAUUUUUGACAUUGCAGUGCCUUUUGGAGUCCACAGUUCAGAAUACAUUGGAGAACUUUAUUUGUUAUGCUGAGAAUAUAAACACUGGACCAAUAUAUUUCUUAUUAAGUAGGUGCCUGAAUUAUUUUUCUCAUAUCUUUAUAUAAUUUAUAUAUAUAAAUUGUGUAUUGCGCUAUUUAAACAGGACUUAAAAUGUGACCUUUUAUUAAAAGUUCUGCUUUGCAAAAUA